UAUUUUUGAUAAAACUGUUCGAUCAUUUUUCGAGCGCUUUGUUAUUUGCAAUUUUCAAAAAACAAAUCCAGUGGAAUGUUAAAUCGAUUACCUAUUAUUAUCGUCGAUAGAGAAGAAAUCUCAAGUAUAGAGAGAACGUUACUUUCAACUUUCAAUCUCUGCAAUAAAGUAUCGCUGCAUUCCGUAAAUGUAUAUAUAUAUAGGUAUAGGUUUACACUGUAACCUCGCGCGUAAUAUCAUUCGACCUCUAUAUAAUCCGAAAAAACGCGGGCUCCUUCGUUCUUUGUUUGACACUGGAAAUCAGUGAAAAUGCAAGUCAAAUUGAAAUUAAUUGCGGCGGCAUGCGAGAACAUGGGAAUCGGCGUCAACGGAGAUUUGCCGUGGCGUUUGAGAAAAGAAAUGGAUUUCUUCACGAAAAUGACAUCGACAACGAAAGAUGAGAAUAAAAAAAAUGUAGUUUUGAUGGGUAGGAGAACUUGGGAAAGUAUUCCUAAGAAAUUUAAACCCCUGUCAAACAGGAUAAACAUGGUGCUCACAUCCCAGCCACUUGACCUGGGUGAAGAUGCUAUUGUAUGCAAGAAUUUGCCUGAAGCAAUUGAAAAGAUUUCUCAGAGUCCUUUGAAAGAUAAGGUUGAACAAGUAUGGGUCAUUGGAGGUAGUUUAGUCUACAAAACCAGUAUGGAGUCACCCAAUUUCUAUAGGCUUUAUUUAACUAGAGUAAAAAAAGAUUUUAAAUGUGAUGCCUUCUUCCCAGAGAUUCCAAAUGAUUACAUAUUAGUAAAAGAUCCAGAAGUCCCUGAGGGAAUUCAAGAAGAGAAGGACAUUAAAUUUGAAUACGAAGUGUAUGAGAAGAAACAGAAUUGAUUGAGCAGCUUGAAAUAACUUUUAUAUAAGAGAAGAUAAAAAGUAUAUGCCAAAAGAAAUAUUCUGAAUAAAGCUUUAUUUUAAAAUAUUA